CAUCCGAAAGCGUGUGUUGCUCUGCGAUGCCGUGACUGCGACCCGACUUUAAAUGGCUCUCUAGCCGCUUCCAUGAGCAGCUUUUAUGCGGAGCCGUCGCUGCUUUAUUGCUUGAAAACGCCGCUUAAUUUGCAAGUCGGACGUCCGCCGGGUGUUUUUGACCCUCAUCUGCGGUCGCGUUUGCGCAUAUCCUCCUCCUCCUCUUCUUCACGCGUCCUAGAAGAUCCGCUCACAUCCUCCUCCAAAUAUUCUCCUCCAGCAAUGUGUGCGACAAUGAUCGUGACUGCUGUCUUUCUCGGAAAUGUCAUGCUGCAAUAUGUGUCGUCUCAAAACGCUGGGUUUGUGAAGUCGCCCAUGUCUGAGACAAAGCUCACAGGAGACACCUUUGAGCUGUACUGUGACGUGGUUGGUAACCCCACGCCGGAGAUCCAGUGGUGGUACGCUGAGAUAAACCGCGCCGACUCCUUCAAGCAGCUGUGGGACGGUGCCCGGAAGCGGCGCGUCUCCAUCAACACGGCCUACGGCACCAACGGCGUGAGCGUACUGGGUGUCACGCGCCUCACGCUGGAGGACUCUGGAACCUACGAAUGCCGGGCCAGUAACGACCCGCGCCGCAACGACUGGCGCCAAAACCCUGCCAUCACCUGGAUCCGAGCUCAGGCCACCAUUUCCGUGUUGCAGAAGCCGAAGAUCAAUGCUUCUGAUCAGGAAAUUUUGCCGGCUAAAAAGCCACAGGAAGACAAUCCUCCUGUUACCUUACAGUGUAACCUCACCAACGCUCACACCACUCAUUGGGAAAGCUUCUGGAUGAAGAACGGACGAGAAAUCCCAAAGACGAGAAAAGGGCUGAAAAACACAGAGCUCACACUCGAAAAACCAAGAGCGGAAGACGCAGGAGAGUACAUGUGUGUGUACACUUUCCACAAGGCCCCCAAUGCCAACGCAUCCAUUGAAGUCAAAGCGGCUCCUGAAAUCACUGGUCACAAGCGAAGCGAGAAUAAAAAAGAAGGAGAAAACGCCCUCUUGUACUGCAAAUCCGUGGGAUACCCACAUCCCAUCUGGACAUGGCGGAAAAAAGUCAAGCAGGGAUCAUACGUAGACAUUGACAACAGUACUGGACGCUUCUUCAUCACGAGCAAAGACAAUUACACAGAACUGAACGUUAUAAACCUUGACAUCAGUACAGACCCUGGCGAGUACGUCUGCAGCGCCUCAAACGUCAUUGGGACUAAGGAAUCGACGUCUAUCCUGCGAGUGCGUAGUCACCUGGCCCCACUCUGGCCUUUCCUUGGUGUGCUGGCAGAAAUCCUCAUCCUGGUGGUCAUCAUUGUGGUUUACGAGAAACGCAAGAGGCCAGACGAGGUGCAAGACGAUGAUGAACCAGCUGGACCAAUGAAAACCAAUUCUACGAACAACCACAAAGACAAAAACCUGAGACAACGCAACACCAACUGAGCAAAUAAAGCAAAUAAUAAUCCUGACUGCACAUCUUGACCGUAUGAAGGUAUCCAAGGAGAGAAGAACCUCCUGGCCAUUUCGAAUAAAGCAUAUCCUGCCUCACUCGGCCAACGAAACAGCAACAGCAUAUCACUGGCACAAAAGAACAAUAAGGACUGUCUUAACGCAUGCCUUAUUCAGUUUUAUGGUAUGUGAGUACGUGUGGGCACAAUUGAUCCAAUUCAUUCAAAAGGUGUGCACAUUUAUUUUUACUCUUCUGUGCUGUUCCGUUAUCAUGUCACCCUUCUGAGGCCAUCCUUUUGCAUACUUGCAUAUCGUGUCGAAUGCAUGCAGUAACAUAACCGAAUAACAUGCCAUUUUUUUCUAUCGUUAUCCCUUUGUGUGGCGUUGCUUCAGAGGAUUACCCCAAGUGUGUGGGGUUGGGGAGACGGGUGGUUUUUUUUUUUUUUUCAAGAAAUUCAAAGUGAGAAAAAGUCUGAUCCACUCAUUGAGUUCUUUGUACAGUUUAUCAUCAGCUCAUUAAAUUAAACAAAGGUGUUCUAUGUAAAGCUGGACUGCAGGAGCCUAGCUGUGACUGGCAGAGCAGUAUUUAAUCACAGAGAACUGUCUAUGUAUUAAAGAAUUUUAAAAGAUGAAUAAAGGUUAUUUAUUUUCUAGAAUUACAUAGAUGUCUUGUACAGGUUGAGCUGUAAGUGUUCAAAUAUUAUAAUAGCAUAUCUGUAAAAAGUGAAGAAGUUUUUUAAUCCUCGAUGUCCUUCGACCUUUGUUUCUUUUUAGUCAGAUAUUGAAUCUUGUAUAGCAUGGCUAUUAUCCUAUGCAAUAUGUAUUCAAAUAGAAUUUAAAUGGCAACUGUACGCCGGGCCGCGUUCGUUUUGAUGAAUUGCAGAGACUAAGCUUUAAUGUUGUGGGAUCAUCAGGAGGCAGGAAGAGCAUCGAUGCACUGCUGUAGUUGCAUGACUACUUCUUUUAAAGAAAACGAUGAUGAUGAGGAUGAUGAGGACGACGAAGAAGAAUCAGUGUGUUGCAAUGCAACUGGACCAAUAAGUAAAGAUGGCACCUGCUGGAGCUAAAGCCAUUACAAUAAUAUGUGAGACCAACUGUUCUUUUUAAAAUAAAGGCUCGAAAAUAUGAA